AUGAGAAUCAGAGAACUUUUCAGAGACAGCAGAUCCAAACUUGUCUUUCAUUCUAUUGGUCUUUUAAUGGCCACUUACUCUCUUUUUACAGACCUUUUUUUUCUUUCGUCAUUAUUAAGGAGUAAUAAUACACCAUGUACAACAUUAAAAAAUGAACUAUUACCUUGGUAUGAGUCAAAUAUUGCACACUGGAACGCUUCGGAUUUAGGAACUGGCAUAACCAAUCCACCGGACAUGAAUACAUCUGUUUAUUUUAUGAACCAUCUGAAAAUUAAUUAUGGAUCAUAUACUGGAUUUUUUCAAAAAAAUGGCUCUUAUGCUGGUGUGGUAGGCACUGCUACUAGGAGAAAUACUUCUUUUCCUUUAGUCACUCUUGUUUCUGCUGUUUAUGAUUAUAGUUAUCUCAUUAUUAGCCAGGGAGACAAAAGUCCAGAACUAGUGUGUAAAGAUUUUAUAUCAGAUUGCUUCUUAGAUAAGACAAUUAAUUUCCCUUUUACAUCACUUGAUUUUGGUCCUGUUAAAACUUUUGAUUCGCUUGCCACUUCUAUUUCUCCAAAUCUUCAAAUGUAUAUUUGUCAAUAUAAAGAUAAUUCUACUCUUUCUUACAAGUGGGCUCAGAACCUUGCUAAAGCAGCAAUUAUUUGUAUUGGAGUACUGGAACUGCUCAAGAUUCCAAUCCUAAUUAUAUCACCUGCUUUUUUAUAUAGACUCAAACAACCUGGUAUUCUAAAUUUUGCCAACAAUUCUCCCUUUUUAAUCCUUCUCAUAGCUAAAGAUAGGAGAGUAUAUCGGUGUAUCCGAGAAGCUAUGGAACUAGAAGAAACAAAUAGUCUUCAACUUCUUGGUGAUACUUUUCUGCACUCAUUGCCCAUGCUGGUGUUAACAGUUCAGAGUCUUGUAUUUCAAAGCAAUGUAGCUAAUAGUAUUAUCCCCCCUCUAACCAUCCUGUCUCUCGUGGGAAGUUGUGCUGGAUUGUGUUUUUCUCUUUUCCGUAUAUAUGUUGCUCUCAUGACCAUAAUUCCAAAUCAGACCCAAAAACUUAAUGAGGAAAUUUCAUCAUACUGUCAGAAACAUCCAGAACAAAGAUGGCAUUUACCAAUUACUUUUGCAACAAUAGAUAGUGUGUUUAGUUUUCUUCCUAUAAUAUUUAUGAUUACUCUUGUAAUUCAAGGAUUCAAUAGUGUCUUCAUUUUCAUCAUCCCAUUGCUGGUCAUCACUGCCAAGUUAUUGAUCUGUGCUUCACCAUUUUGGACACCACGUUUUCGAAAACCAUUGACAUCACCUCUAGUGUUUUCUUUUACUCUGAAUAGUCCGAUCCUUCCUCUUCUUUGCAUCCUCUCAUCAUCAUUUCGACGGUUUGUUGUCAUAACAGCUACCAGCGGUGUUACUUUCUGGUCUGGUUGGUCAUUGGACUUUGUAAGUGUUGAUUUGCCAAUUUUGGUGGCAUUGAUUGUAAUGAGAGCAUUCGGCUAUGGAAAUCAUCAGGAUGUUGUCCUUCUCCAACAAAAUUCUGUGUUAGUCAUUCUGAUUAGUUUUUACUUGAUGUGGAAAAUAGUUUCAGGAUUACAAACAGAAUUAGAUGCUAAAAUCCAUUAUGACUUUAUUGGAGCUUUGCAAGGGUUAAAUGGUAAAGUAAGAGAUAAGUUACAUGCAGAGAUAGCAGAAAAAUCAUUAGAAAUUGAGACUGCUAAUGAAAAUCUUGAAAAAAGGGAUGAAAAAAUCAGGGAAAUCCAAGCUGAUCGAGAUGAAAAAUUGCGCGAUGCAGUUCUUCUUUCUUCACUUCUUCUUAUUUGGCCAGGAUUUGGAUUCGGGUACAACAAUUCAGAUGGAACAUACGCUUGGUGGUCAUGGUAUGGUUGGGGAUUUGAUGUCAUUCCAGGUCAAAAGAGGGAUGAUUCUGAAUGGAAUUUGAGUUUUUGUGGAAUAUUUGCCACUGUGUGUGGGAUGAUUUACUGUACAUCUUCAAUUUUGUUUAAUUCUGUGCCAAUUGAUGAGCUUGAUGAGCUUUUUAAUACAUAG